AUAGGUGUAUAUAUCACACCUAAGUGUUCUCUUGAGCAAAUUAUGGCAUUGUCUCUUAUCCGGGCUAAAGGUCUGCAGUACGGAAAUUCGCAGUUACGUUUCUUAUCCAGCAUUUCGACCAUGAAGAAGGGAUUGGUGCUUGGUGUAUACGAAACAGAAGAUGAAUGCAACGUUUCAUUGACUCCCACGGCGGCUAAAUAUGAUGAACUAGUUAACGGAAAGCUACAAAAGAAUAUUUUGUUAGCAGGUCCAAAAAUUGCUAAAGGACAUGCUAGAGUAUUUUGGGGUUUGGAUGAGAAGGAUUAUGUCGGAAUUGCAGUUGUUGGUCUUGGAAAAAAGAAUCUUGGUAUUGAUCAACUUGAAGAAAUAGAUGAAGGAAGAGAGAACAUACGUAUUGCAGCAGCAGCUGGUUGCCGUGCAUUGGAUGCAGUUGAAAUAAAAGACAUACAAUUAGAAACAUUAGGAGAUGCAGAAGCAGCAGCAGAAGGAGCUGCAUUGUCAACUUGGUUUUAUCAAGGUUCAAAAAGUAAAGAAAAACAAAAAGUAUAUCCAAAAGUUUCUUUAUAUGGGCAAGAAGGAGAGGAGCAAUGGCAAAUUGGGAGUAUCAAAGCUCAAGCUCAAAAUUGGGCGCGCCUACUUGAAGAUACUCCGGCCAAUCUAAUGACACCCUCUAUAUUUUCUCAAGAAGUACACUCUGUACUUACUAAAUUAGGAAUUACUGUACAUGUACACGACAAAGACUGGGCGGAAAAGAAACAAAUGGGUUCUUUCCUUAGUGUAUCUCAUGGUAGUUGUGAGCCACCAAAGUUUGUUGAAGUUCAUUAUAAAGGUGCUAGUGAUAAUUCUCAACCAGUUGUCUUCGUCGGAAAAGGUGUUACGUUUGAUGCAGGCGGUAUUAGUCUUAAGCCUUCAACUGAUAUGGAUGAAAUGCGUGCGGAUAUGGGUGGUGCAGCAUGUGUUGUAGCUGCAAUUCGAGCUGCGGCUGAGCUUAAACUGAAAAUAAACAUUGUUGGCUUGAUGCCGCUUACGGAGAAUUUACCCUCUGGAACUGCAACCAAACCAGGUGAUGUUGUAUUUGCAAUGAAUGGAAAAAGUAUCAUUGUAGAUAACACUGAUGCAGAAGGUAGACUCAUCCUAGCUGAUGCACUUUGCUACGCUCAAGAAUUUAAGCCAAGACUUAUUUUGGAUAUUGCAACGUUAACGGGUGCGAUGAAAAUCGCUUUGGGUGGAGUAGCAACAGGUGUUUUCACAAAUGAUAGUAGCUUUUAUGAGAUAUUACGAAAUGCUGGCACAAUUACUGGCGAUCGAGUUUGGAGAUUUCCACUUUGGCAGUAUUUUACAGAUGAAGUGACAAGAGUAGGAUUUUCUACAAAUCAAAUAUAUCGGGAAGAUGGAUACAGGCAAGAAGAACAUCCCUUUGAAGACUGUAGCUUUCAUUGUCGAUAUGAUGAUUCAACUUUUCUUUAUGGAGUAUUUGAUGGUCAUGAUGGAACAAAGGUUGCAAAUUUUGCUAUGCAGCGAAUGGCUGCUGAAAUUUUACUUGGACAGUUAAAUGGUAAAUCAACUGAUGAAGAAAUCAAAGAAGUUCUUAGACAGGCAUUUAUAGCUGUUGAAAGAGGAUAUUUAGAUUCUAUUGGAGAUCUUUUGGCUGAAAGAGCUAGUUUACAGUUUGACAUACCAGAUGGGUUAAAUUCAUAUGAAACCUAUCAGAAAUUUCCUCACCUGGUUGAUAAAUUAAAUGCAUUGAAUUGUGAGUUAUCAGCAGGUACUAGUGCAGUUUUAGCUCUUAUAUACAGAGGAAAAUUAUAUGUUGCAAAUGUUGGUGACAGUAGAGCUUUACUGUGUAAAACAGAUAGUAAUCAAGUUUUAAGGGUUGUGCAGUUGAGUGUAGAUCAUGACUUAAAGAAUGAAGAUGAAUUACUAAGAUUAUCUCAUUUAGGACUAGAUAUCGAAUCCAUAAGGCAAGGAUCUCAUCUGGGAAACCAAGAAAAUACACGUUGUCUUGGAAACUAUCUUGUUAAAGGAGGAUACAGAGAAUUUGAAGAACUAGCAUCUGCCACAGCUGAACCUGUUAUUGCUGAACCAGAAAUCCAUGGUGGAAUAGAGGUUGAUGAUUCUUGUAAAUUUCUAUUGCUUAUGUCUCGAGGCCUUUAUAAAUCAUUGGAAGAAGUGACUGGAGUUGAUCAAGUCAAUAUAAAAUUAAUUAAUUUUGCAGUUCAAGAGUUUCAGGUGCAGUCCACUUUGACAGGAGUUGCUCAAGCUGUCGUGGAUAAAGUUGUAAGAAUUCAUCAUGAUAUUAAUAUGAGUAAUUUGCAAAGUACCGUUACUACCGGUAAACGAGAUGACAUAACUCUUCUCGUACGAAAUUUUAACUUCCCACUUCCUCAUGCAUUGAAAAGUCCAAAUAAUCCGUCAGUUAGAUUUAAUCCAGUUGUAGAAUCUGCACCGAUACCAACGGUGUCGUUGAAUGAUUAUUCGAGUGGAGGUAUCACGGAAGAAAAUUCUGAUAUGUCAACUGAAUCAUCAUCUACAUCAGAUAUGUAUCCUGGCGCAAGACCAACAAAUAGAAAUGCUAGAAUUAAGCCGUACGUUAAUUUUUCAGAAUACUAUGAAAACGUUGAGAAAAGACGUCAGGAAGGAACGUUACCUGAAGUUUUAAGAAACGAUUUCUCACCGAGAACAUUUGAUAUCUUACCAAGUCUAAUUACGGGCUGAAUUUUACUUUCUCCCUUACUCGUG